CCAAACGGCCGCUGACUGGAUGUCGUUGGACUGAGAGGAGGAGUAUCUGUUGCAGUAACAACAUCCUGGAUAUUGGAGCCUGGCGGCGCACACGGCUACAGAAAUAACGGCGAACGAAGAUAUACAGGAGGCGGUGUUAAUCGCGAAGGAUUCAGUCUACCGAGGCAGGGACAUUAACAUGAACUUGCCAACUUGUUCUUUCGGGCAUUAAUUGCGGAUUUAUGGUCCAUGGCGCCGAUUUAUCCCGAGGCACCGACAAGGUGAUGCGGCGGUGGCAGGACGCGAUCGGUCCGCUACACGGCUGCCAGCUAAAUGCCUUUACUGGAGGAAAAAAGGCGCAGCACACGUCCGGCAGAGGCCGGCUUAAUAUAUUACUAAAAUAGCGCAUUAUGUAGAGGAAAUUAACGCUGUCCAUAGUGUGUAACUUACAGCCAGUAGUUGCGAUUAACCAAUUUUAUUUUCAUUAUUGUAUCGGCUGGUCAGUUUGGCUCUGGAUAACGUUAAUGUUAGCCGUCUCCGGUUGAGAGACGCUGCCACGGCAUUAAGCAGAUCGGGCCUGUGCUGAAUACCGUCUCUACGGUAUUUGCUCUUUAAUGUAACGGAAACUUUUACCUUCAACAUAAACGAACGAGCGGAGAGAAUACUUACAGUACUGUAACAUUAUCGAUCAGUCAUUAUCCUCUGUCCGAUUUCGUUGUGUUUAGUGAUCUUAUGUUUCUCAUUUGCCCUCUCAAGCUGAUUUUGUAUCGAUAAAUGAUCAGUGUGUAGCUAGUUUGAGAUAAAUAAUACGCGUGACGGGCGGCGAGGGCGGACUCGCCAUUUAUCGUGACGAUUACGACUCGACCCAACCCGCCUUGACAUCAAGAAGCGUUUGCAUCAAAUCGAGGAUCAUGGAUCAGAAUGAUAAAAAGACCCGCACGACUAAGAGGAAUCAGUUCUUCUGAUCUGCGGAACAACUUCACUUUCUAGAAGAACAGACGUUCAGCAGCAAGCUCGUGUUCACCACAAUGAGAUAGUGUUGCAGACGCAAAACCAAAGCCUUGACGCUUAUCCCGCCAUAUUCCAGUUCUUAUUAUCAAAAUAUGACCACGCCGGCUCUUUUGCCACUCUCGGGACGUAGGAUACCCACCCUCUCGCCAGGUGCCUCCUCAUUCCCCCACCAUAGAGCCACCUUACGGCUCUCAGAAAAGUUCAUACUCCUCCUCAUCCUCAGUGCCUUCAUCACAUUGUGCUUUGGAGCGUUUUUCUUCCUGCCGGACAAUUCCAAACACAAGCGGUUUGACUUCGGUUUGGAGGACGUGUUGAUACCGCACAUCGAGGCAGAGAAGGAGACGAGGCACAGCGGCAGACAAGUAAUACACGGUGUGGGGGCGCACGAUGAGUAUCGACACAGAGAGGAGGAGGAGAGCCUUCGUGACAAGAUCCGAGCGGAUCACGAGCGAGCGCUGCAGGAAGCCAAGGAGAAGCUCAGAAAGUCCAAAGAGGAGCUGAAGGCGGAGAUCCAGACAGAGAAGACCAAGGUGGCUGAGGACCUGAAGAAGAAAGACGGGCCAAAACCACUGCCACCAGUACCCAUGCCCAAACUUGUGGGGGUCAACGAUGGUGACCCAGGGGACCCUGAUAACAAGGAAAAGAGGGAUAAAAUCAGAGAGAUGAUGAAACACGCAUGGGACAGCUACAGGCAAUACGGCUGGGGCCACAAUGAAGUCAAACCCAUUGCCAAGAAAGGACAUUCCACCAAUAUCUUCGGUAAUUCCCAGAUGGGGGCUACCAUAGUAGACGCCCUGGACACCCUCUACAUUAUGGGCCUCCAUGACGAGUUUAAGGACGGCCAAGAGUGGAUCGAACAAAACCUGGAUUUUAGUGUGAAUGCAGAAGUAUCUGUCUUUGAGGUCAACAUCCGCUUCAUCGGAGGCCUUUUGGCUGCGUAUUACCUAUCUGGACAGGAGGUUUUUAAGGUGAAGGCUGUCCAGCUGGCAGAAAAGCUGCUUCCUGCCUUCAACACCCCAACAGGCAUCCCCUGGGCCAUGGUCAACCUGAAGACUGGUGUGGGCCGGAACUGGGGCUGGGCGUCAGCUGGAAGCAGCAUUCUGGCUGAGUUUGGGACUCUGCACAUGGAGUUUGUGCACCUGACAUAUCUGACAGGAAACCCUGCCUACUACCAGAAGGUAAUGCACAUACGCAAGCUGCUGGCUAAGAUGGACAGACCCAACGGGCUGUACCCCAAUUAUUUGAACCCUCGUACGGGACGCUGGGGCCAACAUCACACCUCUGUGGGUGGGCUGGGUGAUAGUUUUUAUGAAUACCUGCUGAAAGCUUGGCUUAUGUCUGACAAAACCGACACAGAGGCUCGCAAGACCUACGACGAUGCCAUUGAGGCUAUUGAGCGUCACCUCAUCCGCAAGUCAAACGGCGGUCUUACUUUCAUCGGGGAGUGGAAGAACGGCCAUUUGGAGCGGAAGAUGGGUCACCUGACUUGCUUCGCUGGGGGCAUGUUUGCCCUGGGGGCUGAUGGGUCGCCGGAUGAUAAAGCUGGACACUAUCUGCAGCUCGGAGCAGAGAUCGCCCACACCUGCCACGAAAGCUACGAUCGCACUGUGCUGAAGCUCGGACCAGAAGCCUUUAAAUUCGACAGCGGUCUGGAGGCGGUGGCCGUGAGGCAGAACGAGAAGUACUACAUUCUCAGACCAGAGGUCAUCGAGACGUACUGGUACAUGUGGAGGUUCACACACGACCCCAAAUACAGGCAGUGGGGCUGGGAGGCAGUGCAGGCCAUUGAUAAAUACUGUCGGGUUAGUGGAGGAUUCUCUGGCGUGAAAGACGUCUACUCGUCCAACCCCACCUACGAUGACGUCCAGCAAAGCUUCUUCCUGGCUGAAACUCUCAAGUACCUGUAUCUACUUUUCUCCAGCGACGAGCUGUUGCCUCUUGAGAACUGGGUCUUCAACACAGAGGCCCACCCCCUGCCCGUCCUGCACCUGGGCAACAUCACCCUGCCUGGCAGCGAGACCCAGCGGUAGAGUGGACUCUCCGAGGGGGCGCCCUCCCCCUCACUCGCCCCUUUUGUGUCCACGGUGAAGGAGAGGAGAGAACUUUCCCCACGUACCACAACCUCCUCCUGGACUGCAAAGGAUCUGACUGCAGUGAACGGAGGAGCCCCAAACAGAUUUGACUCUCUUUAUCUACGUCUCUCAUAUAUUCUCUGAAGGACAUACUGCUGAUUCAGCUCACAGCGUUCGGUCACAUGACUCAGAGACAAACAAACAACAUCGGUAUGAUCCCAUCGUUUAGCUGACAAAACG